GUUCCAGCCACAUACAUCUCAAGUCUCGAAUUAACUAACUUCAGAAGCGAUGACGCUGGAAACUUUGUUUGCUAUGCAGAAAACAUACAUGGUGUAGCCAGUGUUACCUUGCACGUUCAGGUAGAAGAACUUACUGUCUACAAUACUUCAGUCUGUUGUCAAAAACAGAAUGUAAGUCAAGAGUGUAGACACACCUGUUCGGUUGAUGUUGACAUACAGGCAGCAUUGGGAAAACCAGAAUGUGUUAAAGAUCUGGAUAAACUAAUGUUUUGUGCAACAGAUGGACGUGACCACAGGAAAUGUUGCAAGUCUCGAGGAGUGCCUAAAAGCUGUUUAAAGUGGUGUGUUGGAAGGCCAGUCUUCAGCGCUCCGAUGUGUGUUCUGAUUGCAGCUAAUGACAUUGUAUCAUGUUUUGAGGAGGGUAAAGCUGUCAUACCUGGGCCUCCAGAAAAUCUUCGUGUAGCCCAGCUCAGCCCUAGGGUAAUUCAAGUGAAGUGGGACCCACCUCUUCAAAACCCACAGUUUGUUGAAUGGUACCGAGUCAUCUGGAAACGUGAAGGCUCAGAUAGCAGGACUACAAACCAAACCACAAAAGCUGUACUUCAAGUCACCGACCUUACGCCUGGUAUUACGUAUCAACUCUUUGUGAAAGCGGGCAAUCAUUAUGGAGUUAGUGACAAAACAAAACCUGUUAAAUUCACUGCCUCUGAUGAUUCAACUUUCUUGAAACACUCAGAUGCUGCGGCAGAUAUCGCUGUGAAAGUCGUUAGUUCUGUUGUGGCAGUUGCAUUCGUAAUUCUGUUAACAGCAGGUGGAGUCUAUGUUCUGAAGCGGAAUAAAAGGCAGACAUCUACCGGAGUGUCUUUUGAAAAUCCAACAUUUCUGAAAGACAGCAUCUCUCUGCAGAACACAAUACCACCGACAACUGAAGCAGGAGUUGACAAAAUCGGUGAACUUGGCGAUGGACAGUUAGACAGUAGUGAAAGUCAAGUGAAUAACACUCGAGCUAUUUCUAAUCUGUAUGAAGAACCUAAACACAUAUGAGAAGUAUUUAUAUAGUGUAGCAAUAAUGAUAAAGGUUUUGAGACGUCUAAACAAGCCCUGCUAUCUUUUAAUUUCUCGUUUUAACUAAGACAUAUCUCGGGGUACACCUAAAAGUUGGCAAGUUAUUCAAGAAGCUUUCCGGAGGAGGAAAGGUAGUGAUUAUUUCUCCAACUAAUUGAAGUAGCAGACUUUCAUCAAAAGUAUCCAGACGUUUGUGCAUUUUAUCAUAUUUCGUGGGAUACAAGGGAAUGUGGUAAAAAAUGAAUUUUAAAAUGUUUCCUGUAACAGAUUGAAAUAUAAUACUUGAAAAUGGUGUAGGGUUCGGGAGAAAGAAGAAAUGUUAACUCAAUGUCAUCGAUUUAAAAUGUUUUUAAAUUAUCUCAAUAAAAAACAAUCUGUUAUAUAUCUAUCAA